AUGAACAGUCAAGAUGGACCAAUAAUUAAUCUCUGCAACACAGAACUUGACUUUAAUGGUGAAAGAAUAACAAGAAAAAUUGACACUGUUGUUAGAGCCCGUGAUGAGUCCUUUUUCUCAUGCGAUGCAUGUCGACAUUUAGCAGCAGUGGAUGCUUCUCUUGUUCAACCAUGUGAUAUUUACUGUUUGUCUUCUAAAUCAAAGAGAAGAGAUGUUAAAGCCAGAGAAUCAGUAUCAGUCAUUAAAGAAGCAAUGUUAAAUUUAAUAUUAGUAAUUUAUAAUAUGAAAUGA